GCCGCCGCGCCGAGACCGCGCCGCCCCGCACCGCCAGCAUGCUUCCAUGACGUUUCCUAACACAUGAGAAUGGGAUGUAGACAGUCGAAAGAUGGCAAGAGCAUCUAUGAAAAGGAGUCCUUAGAGGCAGCCGAACAUGAGGGAGCCAUCAAUUGCAUGGGCCUGUCGGAGGAUGGCUCCCUGCUGGUCACCGGCUCCGACGACUGGACAGCCCGCAUGUGGAGCACCCAGACCGACGACACAGAGUGUCUCGGAGUGCUCGAAGGUCACGAGAACUCGGUGACCUGUGUCGCGCUGUCCGAUACGUUCGUCAUCACAGGCUCGUCAGACACCACCAUCCGAAAAUGGGACAUGACCAGAUGCGAGUGCAUCUUCAUCUACGAAGGUCACACCGCGCGCAUCAACCGACUGAUCUGCACCGGGGAGUUCAUCUUCUCCGCCUCCAGCGACAGAACAUCGCGGGCCUGGAUCUACGACACUGACGCCCUGAGUCAAAUUAACGACGCCAAAGCUUGCAUCAAGACGUUUAAGGGUCAUCGGCACGGGAUUCACGCGCUCAUCUUCCUCUCUGGAGACGCGCACGGCAGCAGUGACACGGAUGACGAGAGGGACGAGGAACUGGUGGCUGACGACACCGUCACCAUUCAUCCUGGCGACCGGCUCAUCACAGGCUCCAUGGAUACCACAGCCAAAUCGUGGAACGUCGACACCGGGCAACUGAUCCACACAUUCAGAGGUCACAAGGGACCUAUCGUCUGCAUGACGACUGAUGAAGAUGCAGAGACCCUCUUUACGGCCGGCGAGGACCACGCUAUCAAAAUCUGGGAUAUCUCCAAUGGGAUGCUGAUCCGGACUAUGGACGGUCACGCGGAUGCCAUCCUCUGCAUGCAAGUGGUGAAGAAGCUGCUGUACACGGGCUCCAAGGACAAGACGGCGCGCUGCUGGGUGACCGCCUUCGGCGAGAACACGCGCACCUAUCAGAAGAGUCAGCACUCGGUCAGCUGCCUCAAGGUCGCCAACGGCGUCGUGUUCACCGGCAGCGGCGACACGCACGCGCGGGCGUACGACGCCAAGUCGGGUGCCCUGAAGCGCACCUACACCGGCCAUGGCUCGGCAAUCAGCUGUCUGCAGUGGAUCAACCACAAACUGUACACCGGCUCCAACGACGGUGUGCUCAAAGUCUGGGACGCCAGAGAUAUCGCCGAUGACCCAGUGGUGAACGAGUCAGACUCCGACUCUGAAGAAGACGAGGACAUGAAGGAGCUCAACAAGGAGAACAAAGUGCGGCUCCGCGAGCUGGAGCGACGGCUGGAGAACGUCGGCACCACAGACGACGAGAUCAAGCAGAUGGAGGACACCAUGGCCGGCAUACAGGACUACGAUUAAACCAAGAGGUCGACUGGCCGAAAUACAAUAGAAGCCGCCGGUUAUUCUGGCUUGAUGUUGUGGAAAACAAUUCUGGAAAAAUCGAGAGCUCCUGAAAGCGCUGGCGCAAGGAGUUGCGAUAGCUUAUUGAAUUCAGAAUGUUGUUUUUCGCAAAACGAGCUCGGUUGUUACGAUAGGUGCAGCAGAGUUGGUUAUUUUUUACCCCAAAUGUGAGACGCUUCCGUCUAGGGGUCGGCGCCGCGGGCGGGGUUGGCCCUUCUCGGUCGUGGGGGUCCACCUGAGACGUCCAGCACGACCGAGAGGCGACGGCGGCCGGUGGGCGGAGACGCUCGUGGGCAGGCGCGCCGCCGGCCGCCCCCGCCCCCGCCCAGAGUCUCCAUAGGACAGAGCCGCGCCGACAUGCUGCCGGCAGCGACGCGGGCCGCGACGGCCGGCGCCGCCCGCGACUCUGAGCUGAGCACCCGACACCAACCGAGACGGCCCGCCGCCGGCCGCCGCGCCCGCCCGCUGCCCAUCGACGCUAAUACAUGUGUGCUGGAUGUCGUA